AUGGCGCUGCUGGUGCGAGUCCUUAGGAACCAGAUUCCAAUUAGCAUCUCCCAGUGGGUUCCAGUAUGCAGCUGGUUGGUACCUUUGUCUCCUACACAGGGACAGUGGGGCAGGGCUCUGUCUGGCAUUUUCCAGGGGCCCCAGAUGAGCCAGUCCUUAGCAUGUGGUGGAUCAGAACAGAUUUCUGGAAUAGACAUACAGCUGAGUAGGAAGUAUCACACUACGAAUAAGCUUUCUACUACCAAGGAUUUCCCACAGCCAGUUGAGGAGAAGGUUGGUGCUUUCACGAAGAUAAUAGAAGCCAUGGGAUUCACAGGACCUUUGAAAUACAGUAAAUGGAAGAUUAAGAUUGCAGCCCUACGAAUGUAUACUAGCUGUGUGAAGAAAACUGACUUCGAGGAAUUCUUUCUAAGGUGUCAGAUGCCCGAUACAUUCAAUUCAUGGUUUCUUAUAACUCUUCUUCAUGUCUGGAUGUGUCUAGUCCGAAUGAAGCAGGAAGGCCGGACUGGGAAAUACAUGUGUCGUAUCAUAGUUCAUUUUAUGUGGGAAGAUGUUGAGCAGCGUGGCAGAGUCAUGGGGGUCAAUCCCUAUAUCCUGAAGAAGAACAUGAUGAUUCUGACAAAUAAUUUCUAUGCAGCAAUCUUGGGAUAUGAUGAGGGGAUCCUUUCAGAUGAUCAUGGGCUGGCUGCUGCCCUGUGGAGAACCUUCUUCAACCAGAAAUGUGAAGACCCCCGACAGCUUGAACUAUUGGUGGAAUAUGUGAGGAAACAGAUUCAGUACCUGGACUCCAUGAAUGGAGAGGAUCUGCUUCUAACCGGGGAGGUGAGCUGGCGCCCUCUCGUGGAGAAGAAUCCUCAGAGCGUCCUGAAACCCCAUUCCCCAGUUUAUAAUGAUGAGGGUCUUUGA